UGCACCCACUACUGUAGUUCCUGCUGUGGAAAAAUACAACUGCUCUUGUAAAUUGUGUGCUUCUGCAACAAUGCACUUUUAGAGAGCUUAGUUAGUUAAUUCAGCUGAGGAAGACCAAUCAGAGAGGACAAAAAGAAAAGAAAAGAAAAGAAAAGAAAAGAGGAGUAAGGAAGUGUGGUAAAUAGAAUAAUAGGCAGCAGUGGGAGGGCUUUAUUGUUUGCUUCUUCAACUGAACUUUCAAGCUUAGAAAUCCACAAUGUCAGCAAACACACAGAAGACCAGGAGCUGUCCCAUCCCGACCCGUGUGAUCCAGCUGAAGGAUUGGUCUCAGCUCCCAGACUGUUACAGCCAGACGCCUGGAGGAACCUUGUUCUCCACCACGCCAGGAGGCACUCGUAUCAUUUACGACAGAAAGUUCCUGCUGGAGUGCAGGAACUCGCCGAUCGCUCGGACCCCGCCCUGCUGCCUGCCGCAGAUUCCCGGGGUGACGGUUCCUUCUAAUCAUCCUCUGGGCAAACUUGAGGAACUGAAAGAAGAGCUGGAGGAGGAGAAGGACGCAGCAGCUGAUGACAGCCAGUUCGAGAUGGACAUUUGAGCCUGUGAUGUGCCUCCUGUGGAGAACGUAUUUCUGCUGGGACGCUGCUACAUUUCCCCAUCGACCAGCUCUCACUGGAUUCACUCGGUUCCGUUUGAAGGGUUUCUCUCUUGGUUUUUUUUAUUUUAGGUAAUGUAUAGAAACGAACACCUCGGAGGGUGUUUUUCAUCUGUUUACAACAAUAUUUCAGGUAUUUUGUCAUCAGCGGUAUACAAAGAAAAGAGACUGUGGAUGUCUGUGCAUCCUUUAAAUGAUUGUACAUAUGGUACUUUGUACUUUUUUUAAGAAAGGGAAGUGAUUAGAUUUAAUUAGGGGGGGGGGGUAAUAUGGUCAACACAUCUACGUGCAUUUUACAAAGCUGUCCCUUAUAAUAUUUGAACAGAUGUAAUAUGACAAAUGUGCCAAUCUGUAAGCGACAGAAUUCACAGUUGAAACAUUUAUUUUUUCUUUCCUUUUCUCCAGAUCAGAUCAGUUUUUAUUACUUUUAUUAAACUGUGAUAUAAACAGAUAAAAAGUGAGUCAAGUUGUUUUUGUUUUUCAUCAAUGCAUUUAUACAUCCAGAGCAGGGUGAAAUGUUCAGAAAUGUAAACCCAAUAAAUAAAGAUUAAAUGAUUCAAAUCAAUGCUGGGGGUAAAAACAUGAUGAAAUGACCUCCUGGGUGCUCCUGUGUAUGAGAAAACAUGAUGAAGUGCCCCAGUGGAUGCAGGUGAUGACAAAGGAGCUAGACAAAACAACAGAACAUGAUGUAAGGUCGAGCACACAGAUACACAUAUCCUUCAGGGGAUAUUUAGUGAUGUACACCGAUCAGGCAUAACAUUAUGACCACUGAGAGGUGCCAUGAAUAAGACUGAUGAUCUCCUCAUCAUGGCACCUGUUAGUGGGUGGGAUAUAUUAGGCAGCAAGUGAACAUUUUGUCCUCAAAGUUGAUGUUAGAAGCAGGAAAAAUGGACAAGCGUAAGGAUUUGAGCGAGUUUGACGAAGGGCCAAAUUGUGAUGGCUAGACCACUGGAUCAGAGCAUCUCCAAAACUGCAGCUCUUGUGGGGUGUUCCCGGUCUGCAGUGGUCAGUAUCUAUCAAAAAUGGCCCAAAGGAAGGAACAGUGGUGAACCGGUGACAGGGUCAUGGGCGGUCAAGACUCAUUAAUACACGUGGGGAGUGAAGGCUGGCCCGUGUGAUCCGAUCCAACAGAAGAGCUACUUUUGCUCAGAUUGCUGAAGAAGUUAAUGCUGGUUCUGACAGAAAGGUGUCAGAAUACACAGUGCAUCACAGUUUCUCGCAUUUUGGGAGCAGAAGGGGGACCAACCCAAUAUUAGGCAGGUGGUCAUAAUGUUAUGCUUGGUCAGUGUACAUAAGAAUAAUAGUUCAUUACAAUAAUUCCAAGUAAACUGACAUUAUCUGACCGGCAGCAGAGUCAACAGGAAUUCUUACUGUAAGGAUUGUUCACAAUAAUGACACUAUUUUAACAGGACUGCAUAUUAUUAUCUGUAUAUUACUAGGAAUUUUGGUCCAAAAUGAAGGUUUUUUUUAUGCAGUGUUUCUGGAUGAUGUAAAUAAUACACUCUACUCCACUGAAGAGCUCUGGAAGUUUUUAGGUCUGGAGACAUCUCGGAUAAGGUGCAAGUGAAGCCUUUAUCACCACACACACACACACACACACACACACACACACACUACAGCACAGUGGAAUUCUUUUCUUUGCAGAUCCCAGCUGAGGAAGUUAGCACAGAGGGAGCUAUGAUACAGAGCCCCUGGAGGAGAGAGGGUUAUGGGCUUGGUGAUGCUGGGGCUUGAACCCUAAUCCUCUGAUCAACCUUAACCACUUGAGCCACCACUGCCCCUAAAGUUGAGGUGCAAGUGUGAAUGUAGAACUGUGGAACAUUCUCCAUGCUGCUCAAUAAAGCUUAGGUCUAAACCAAAGGCAAGAAUUGUAUCCAGGACUUGAAUGUUUCAAGCUCAAAUCUGUCCCAAAUUAAUACCAUGUAUACGGUUUCUGUGUAAAAGGAAGCCAAACUGACACUAUAAAACUUUUCAAUGUUUAUGAACAUGGAUGCUCUCAGAAGGUUUUCUUUGUCUGCAUUUUUGUACCUAAAACACACCCUCUAAUCUAUAGAAUGUUUACUGCAAAAAAUGCUAACAGCCUUCAUCACCACAUGGGGGCGUGCUGUUCCAGGAAAAUAAUCAGACUACAGUCUGAUGCCGUCAGCAAGCCCUUGUUACCAACGAAAAGUUUUAUUUCUUUAUCACACAAUCAAAAAGUUUCAUUCGAAAAUUCUAUUUCCAUUUCCUGGGCUGCAUUUUUAUGUUGUACAAGGUGCUGAAAACAAGUCGGCUCUAGCGAUGGCUCAGUGGUCAGCGAUAAACGAUCAUUCCCUGUCCAGAAGAGGGUUUUUUUGGCCCUCCAUGUUAAGAAACUCUUGCACUGAAAACAUUCCUGUGUUGGAAAGCUUACUAUUAAAGUGCCGACACUGGAGACUCCUUCCAUAACCAAGAGAAAAGUAAUUAAAAGUGCCAUGUUAAUUAUUCAUGCGUCUUAUAUAACGUUUUUAUCCAUUGAUCGCGACACACGUCCACAUGAUCAUGAGCUACACUAUCAGAAGACUAAUCAACUAAAAAUUAACACAAAUCUGUAACCCCAAUUCCUCAACCUGCUAAGUUUUCUACAUUUAGUUACAAUUAUCGUUGUAAACAGUAUCAAAACAUGCCACAGAUAUCUUAAAAACCAAGUUUAUUUCCACCAAAUUGUCCAAGACACUGCAGGAAUGAGUUUCCAGUGAAUCUUACAGAUAAAGGUGUGUGUGCUGAGGUAUAGUUUUACCACUACAAAAGCCACUUUUUUUUUUUUUUUUUUUUUUAAAUUAAACCAACAAGAUGGAAA